GAUUGUUUGGCUUUUACAUGAACGCAGAAUGAUUUUACAGCUUGCUGUACGUUAGCCACUUCCCUCCUCAGACAGUAGACCGUGUUUCCGUCAACAGCCUUUAAUUUGACUCUUUUACGAUUUAAAGAACAAACUAUAGGCCCUGUAGCUGCCGUAGUUUUUCAUUACAGUCUGUUUAUCUCUGACUACAGCUUGGUAACAUCCAGGCCAGCUAACGGCAGCGUUAGCACAGCAGCCGCAGGUAUGGCGGAGGUUCCCGGGACAUCGAGUGAGACGAUAACGGAGACGGUCCAGACCGGCACACCGCCGCCGCCCCAGCAGGUAACUGGGGAUGAAGAGGAGCAGACCGGGGAGAGGAUUAUGACGGUUUAAUAACCAGGAAUAACACCAGUGCUAACUAACACCAGACCAGCAGCGAGGCCUCGACCUGCAGCUGGAACACAGUGUUCAUGUUUUCACCCAGACUGAGGGUUAAAUUAGGGUUGGGUUGAUGAGGCUUCACAAUGCAGCUUUAGUGGAGCUAAUGGACUAUUUAACAUCAACCACCACUAACCGGGCCCCUCGGGAUGCAGUAUUAGCAGGGGCGUGUCCAAAUGGGAGGAUACAGGUGGCUCUGCCCCCUCUGUAGAUCUGAUUGGCCCCCAACAUGCUCGUCUGGAAUGUAUUAAAAGCAGAAUUUAAUGGUUUGCAGAUCAUUGAAAGCUCCUAUUUGAUCAGAAAUGGUGCAAAAACAUUGUGUCAAAUGUUAACAUUGAAAAAUGAAAGACUAUUGCAACAUCCUGUUUGUAAGAGGUUGUUAGAGGAACAACCAAACAGGUAAAAAGUCAUGUGAUGCUUAAAAAAAUGUUUUUUUUGUUGUUGCUGUUGUUGUUUUGACAGUCAGGGCAGUCCAAAAACAUCAACAGAUUUUUUAUUUAUUCAACUUUCAAACUGGAUUCCUGAUUUACAGAGUUUAAGUGUUUACAGAACUUGAACAUGCAUGUCCUAAAGCCGUGCAGGAAUGAUCAGCCUUUGGUCAGGCUUUACUGAGGGCAAAUAUGAGUGAAUAAGCGCUCUGUUCCUGCGCUUCAGUGAGAGUCCUCCCUUAGAGCACACAGAGGUGUUUCUCUGCUUAGUUAGGCCUUGUGUCCCUGUAAGUCUUCUGCCCGGUCUACACCAGUCCCUCACAGUUGUGUCCCUGUGCCACAUCUCUCAGGAGGGACGCAGUCUGACCAUUAAACUGAGGAAGAGGAAGACAGAGAAGAAGGUGGAGUGGUCCAGUGACACCGUCGACAACGAGCACCUUGGGAGACGAUCCUCAAAGUGUGAGUCCAUCUUUGUCUUCAUGAAACACUGACAUGUUUCUGACCCAGCAAGAGAGUUUACAGGUUUUACACUCUCCAGCUGACCCUCUUCUACACCCUGGAUUAUUCAGGGGAUUAAACCCGGAAAAACCUGGAUAGGUCAGCUGUUAAAAUGAAGAAGCAGGAUGUACAAACUGACCAGGUCUCAUCCUCUCGAAUUUAGAUGUUGAACAUGUGAUCACAGAAGCAACUGAAAGAUGAAAAAAAAAACUUUCUAAAUAUAAACUGGAAGAAAAAAAUAUCAUUAAUUUUCACACUUUCUAAUUUCACAACUUUGAGACCUUUUUUUUUCCUGACUGUGCCUGAAGACACCAUGGCAACAUACAUGAUGAGGUGGAUAACCAGGAUACACAUAAAUAUACCAGAACAUGAAAGGGCAGUUUGGACUUACGGUUUAGGGUUUAACAAAAUUUAAGGAAGCAUGACAUGAACAUACAGGCAGAAAGGAGCAAAGUUGGGAAAAUUACAUCUUCCACUUUAAAAUCUGAUAGAAGAGCAGAUUCAGAUCCUCACCUGUCUGUGUUCACAGUCUGUAUAAUACUGUUUAAAAAAAAGUGAGCCAUUUUUUUUUUCAAUUUAUCGAACUGUUUUCUUUUCAUUCAUCAUCCCUUUAAUUAACCAUCUUCUGCACAAAGACGCCAAGAAAAAUUCAAAUUGAGGAAAAACUCUGUGACUCACACUUCUGAGUGAAUCCAGCAGCAUGGAUCUAUUUUUAGCUGGGCUGUGUGAAAUCUAUUCCUGACACCAGAAUCUGUGAAAACCAGUCCGUCUGUGUUUUACAUAGUGAGGCUCUAACCCCGAGUGUUGUCUUACAGUCUACUGUAUUAUCUCAAUGCAUUUUAACCCUGGAUGUUGUCUACAGGCUGCUGUUUCAUCUAAAUGAGUUUUGAUCCUGGGUGUUGUCUUGUAGGCUGCUGUAUUUACGAGAAGCCCCGACAGUUUGGAGAGUCGUCCUCUGAAAGCGAGGGAGAGGAUGAUGAGGAAGGAUGCGGCAGCGCUAACUGCAUCCUCGGUCACGGCAGGAGAGACCACGGACAGAGGGGGGGCCGGGGGGCCCCAGGGCCCCCAAACUCUGGAGGGGCACACACGCACUAAUGAGGCUGAUGGAGGGGGGGUGGGGGUAAGGGGUUUCUCACACAUCAUUCAGAAUGCACUCUGUCUUUAGUUUAGCUCCAUCAGUAUUGGGGAGGGGCAGACCAGACGCUGUGUUCAGUGACCUGUAAUAAAGUCAGAAAAUCCAACUGCUGCUCUGAAAAUAGGAAUCAGUCAGUUCAGACAGCACAGAGCAUUCUCAGUGAUUAGAUAUAACAGUGAUUAGGACAUCUCUCUCCUUCAUUGUCUACUGAAGGAGAUGAUUUUACAGCAUCAGUGUUUCCGCAGGUUUGAGCACUGAUAAUGUCUGAGUAGGUUCUUCUUCAUCCAGGUUGUGGUUAUCCAAAUCUUUGUGAAAAUGAAGUCAGGAAAGAUUUGGAUUUGCAGAUUGAAUCACUUCUGUCAUUCAGUCAGUGUUUUCCUGGUCAGGCCUUUUUCAGCGGCUACACAUUGAUUAUUUCAACCAACAGAAUCAGAGAUAAACAGAAUCUAAGAGCACUUUCAGAGGAAGCCAUCAGCUCCCCUGAAACUCUCUGUGGGAAACCCUCGGCCACAGUAAUGAGGUAAAAGCCUUCAGAGCUGAUACUCGAUGUUCUUCAGCGUGCUGAACUUUCUGACUGAGAGGGAAACUGAGGAGAAUAACAGUGUUUUUAUUUAUUUAUUUUUCUGCUUUUAAUUCUGCUGAAACUCAACAUAAAUCUCCCAGGAGGCUUUCUGAAUGGUUAGGAAAAUCUACACUGAUGGUAACUUUUGACAAACAGGACCACCCAGACCAAGGUUACCCGGUUUAUACAUUGAUUCCUUGAAUUUAAGACUCUAGAGAGGCUGUUGAAUUGACAGCAGAUCCAAAAAAUUAAAAAUAUGUCUUAAAAAGGUGCCAUUUGGUCUGCAGGGGACGCCAAACCCAUCUCAAACACAGACCCUCACAGGAGCUUUAAGACUGACUCCGAAACACGUCGGUCCAUCAGAAUCAGAGUUCAGCCCUGCUCACCACUCUUCAUGUUUGAGACUGUCUAAGGUCUAGGACUCUAACUGAAAACAUUUACACAUCAUGUUGAAUUUUAAAGCCACACUAUCAAAAACUCAGACAGACCCUGUCCUGAUGCCGACCUGGCUCUUCUCUUUUUCUGUCCGGGAUCAGAUAUUAUAGUUCAGUUAAGUCCUGGUUUUCAAAGUUAAACUGAACAACCUGAUCCAGAAGCAGACUUUUGAAAUGACCCAAUCUAUAAUCCAAGACCUUUAUUUGAGGUUUAAGGUAACACCAAAAUCCACACAGAAACCAAAGAUCUGCUGCAGAUUUGAUAAAUUCAUGCUGGAAACCAUCAGCUGUUAAAAUAUUGAAAACUCUAAAGCAUCAUCAGUCCCAGAACAGAUCAGUCCGUCAGCAGGUUCUCUUUAGUUCUCUGAGAGCUUAGUACAGAUCUGAGAUCAGCUCAGUCUCUCUGAGGUUCAAACCUCCUCUGUUUACCUGCAGCACACCUGAGUUAGCCUUAUAACUUGGUCCAGCUAACUCAAUGUAGACCUGGAUUAAUCCUGGUUUACGUCUGAUUCUGUACCCUCAAGAGAUCGACAUCCCUGUGUGCUGGAGCAUCUGAUUCGCUCUGCUACACUCUCAAACAUCAAGCUCUGACAAUAACCUGAAACCUUUACCCCACAGUCACUGAGUCAGCGUAGGCCGAGGUCGUGGAAAGUGUUUUAAAUGCAGGAAAUAUGAUGCUACCCAGACCAGACCAUACAGCUUUUGAAGGACCCAGUUUUCAUGGCCUCCGUUGGAAGGCCAGGUCAGGUCAAACUGAACUGAGUCUACCUUUUGGAGAAUUACAUCACCAGUCUCUCACACCGGUAUUUCAUGGCGCCACCCUUGUCGCUUAGCAAGAGGCUGGCUAACUAGCUAGCAUGGCUAAUGUUGUGUAAUUUUAACACCAAUUUCAGUUUGUCUGUCUUAAACCGUCAGCACAGUUCACCACAGAGUAAGACCAAAACUUUCAACAGUGCAGAACCAGAAAAAGUACGACUGAUUCGCAGGAGUCUUCAAAUGUGUUCUGGGACUCUGCCGCUCCUGGAUCAGGACUCAGCUGUAAUUUUUUCUUUGAAGAGAUGAGUAUGAGGCUAACCUAAGGGGCAUGAUGUGAGGUACUUUUGAUGCAGUUGUAUAAAUCAGGUUUAGUUGGAGCACACCUGAGGAGCAGGGGGCGGGGCUUAAACAUGAAUCACACAGGUCUUUAAUUUAUUCUCUGCCUCACUGAAGGAUGGUGCUGUGAGUGUUUGUUCAUUUGCUUGAUUGAUUUUUUUUAAUGGAAAGUUUCCUCAGAUAUUUAGGAUUUAGUGUUUUUGUAUUGAGUGGCAUCCGAGCGAGGAGUUUUUGAGAUUCGGAGUGAAGAGGGAGGAAAGUUCAUGUUUGAUUUUUCAUCAUUUCACUCAAAUAGACCAGUUAGACGCAGCCUCUAUCAGACUGUACAGAGCGUAUCAGCAGCACUGCUCAUACGGAGGACAGCUCAGGUGAGGUAGAGGUAAAGGUGAAGGUGCAUGCCUGCAGGGACUCACCUGUGUCAGCCUCCUCCUCCUCCUCUUCAGCCUGUCUGACAGCAGUGUGUGUAACUCUCAGCUCAUUAUCAGCACUUUGUGUCCUCUUAUCUGCACACACUGUUGCAUAUGUACAUCGUCCUUGUAAUGCACCUUUCUGUAUAUACUGUUGAACAUAAUGAGAGCAGAUUUAAUGUGAAAUAAAGUUUUCAACUGUGAUUAAACUCAC